AUGGCGUCCGCCAUCCACAGAUGCCAGCAUUGUGGCUAUGAGACGGACCUCUCCAGCAAUUUGGCGGUGUUUGAAGACAACCCACACUGCAGACAGUGCGGACUAUCGGCCCAUGAGAGCGACAUCAAGAUGCAGGACGACCUCAUCAACAUGAUGGCACGCACCCUCCAACUCGGCCCUUUCCCACACGACCAGCACGACAUGUCUACGCCACCAACUCCCCAAGUUCUCCCUGAGCCAGCACCUAUUACGUAUAUCUCGCAACAUUAUCACCACUCGGCACAUCAGGUGCCCGCCAACGACCUUCCUGUGUCUACAAUCCUCGAAAACUGCGGGAUCAAUGCUGCCGCGCUGUUCCCUUCACAGUUGCAGCUGUUUAAAAACGCAGAGCCGGACCAAAGAUUGAGGUUGAUAGAGUUGUGGCAGAUCGCUCCUCCUACGUACGGGAAUCAGAUGCAUCCUGAUGACCUAGCAGAUUGGCCACAAUCGAGCAUGGAGAAGGAAGUGGAGGCUGCAAAGUAUCGUCUGGAGAGAAUUGAACAAGGCAAAUUCCAGACCUUUGGCCUACCAGGACACAGCGCUCGCAACAAUGCAGAACCGUACAUACUGCAAGGCUACAACCCGUUACCAGAUGAUGGUGGAAAGGAAGUGGCAGUGGAAGAUGGGGCCGUCAGGACCGGGGCAGACUACAACCAAUCCACUGAUCCGGCGUACAAGAGCCGGGAGUGGUGGAAGUUUUCGGAGGAGGCUGAACCGAUGGAGCAUCAAUAUGGCAUGCUCCAGCAGAUGUACGGGUUCUUGGACUACACAUCAAGCCGACCAAACGACGGCGAUGCAGAAAUGUCAUGA